AUGUACUACUUAACAGCCAAUUACUUAACUCUGCCGACAGCUGUGAUGAAAUCAUCAUGGAUAACCAACCUUCAACUGGUGUCAGGAAGUCAUCAACCCAAGAAAUCCAUGCUAUAUCCAGGUUUGAAGCCAGAUGGACAAAGAUCACAGAAAGUGGAAGAUAAUGAUGACACUGACCUCUUGAUACGUUCAGAGGGUAGCCUUGUGGAUGGCCCCGGAGCAGGCCAGAUGGAACAGGACAGAACCAACCAUGUUGACGGCAAUAGAUUGAGUCCGUUUCUAAUACCGCAAUCUUCUCACGUUUGCCAGGCAGAGCCUUCUGCGGUGAAGCUACAGAAUGGAAGUCCAGCAGCAGAGAGGCCUGAAGUUGAAGUAAAUGGAGACCACAAGCGGCUAUUCAUUAAAAGCAACUAUGGAGUGCCCCACCUGAAGGAAAGUCCAAACAGCCGCUUUAGCCCCGACCUUUUACAAGAAAAGAAAGUAUAUUCCAAAUAUAUGCAAAAUGGUGGGAUAAAACGCACUUUUAGUGAGCCCUCUCUGUAUGGACUUCAUGAGAGCAAGAAAGCGAAACAAGACAAAGAGGUAAACGGAGAAAAAGCUGAGCCAGAGGAUAAGAAUGAAAAGCCAAGUGUCUCCAAUUGUUACAGUGAGAAGAAACCUGAGAGUUUUACAGAACAAGAAAAUGAGGUUUCAGAUUUGAGGCAGUCUACAAGGUGCAACAGUGGUGGUUCAGAAAACCCUCAUGACCUCCUGAUUCAGGAUGAGCCGGAGUGGGAAAACAUUCAUUGCCACAACAGGGACAUUGUCUUACUACUUAAGAACAAGGCAGUGCCAAUGCCUAAUGGUGCUACAGUUUCUGCCUCUUCCAUGGAAAGCAUGCAUGGUGAACUCCUGGAGAAAACACUGUCUCAAUAUUAUCCAGAACAUGUUUCCAUAGCAAUGCAGAACACAUCUCAUAUCAAUGCCAUUACCAGUCAGGCUACUAAUGAGUUGUCCUAUGAGACAACGCAUUCAUCCCAUACCUCAGGGCAGAUCACUUCCCCACAGACCUCAAACUCUGAGCUGCCUCAAGUGCCAGCUGUAGUGGUUACUGAGGUCUACAACGCAGAAGACUCCAGUAAACCACCUGUAUUGCCAGGUAGCUGUUCGCUUCAGAAACCAGAACUACAGCUACAGCAGCAGAUUCCAGGCUAUGAUCCACACCAGUUACCCGUAGGAAACAGUACUGUUCGUGGAAGCGUAGGGCAGGUUCCCAACCAAGACCUCUCUCUAAGUUCCAGCAGUAACCUGCAAGCUCAGAGCGCCACUCUGGAAAGGUUUUCUGAGCAAGCAGAAAAAAAUGGUGCUUUCUUUAAACAGAACUCAAUGUUUCACAAAGAUUCCUCCACUCCUCCUGCUCCGGAAAUGAACAGUGCACUGUCUGUCGUGGUGCGAGAAGGACCCCAUUCCUACGACAACAGAUGUGAUGAAACUCUUCCUGGGGAGAUAAAGAAUGAAGGGCAACAGCAGGGACCAACAUCAGAAAGUCCCAGCCUCAGCCAGCAACUUCACCCUCAGCAGAAACUUCCGCAGCAGGCACAAACGCCACAACAAGAUGCCAGUGAAAGCAACUCGCAAGCUGCUGUGGCCGCCUCGAUUCAGCAGCGCCCGGAAGAAAUGACGCCGGCGUCGGAGCCUCCCCCGCAAAACCUGCAAGUGCGCGGAAGCGAGAGUGAAUUGCAGCAACACUAUCAGCAUUUCCCAGGACAGGGAGAAUCCGAGAUUCCUCCCAACAAAGAAAAGGACCAAGUGAAAGAGCCUGUGCAACAGGCUCAACGUUAUUCAAAACCAGCCUGGAUAGAACUGGUUUCCACCCAGUUCCGCCAAGGAGAGCCUCCCCAAAAGCCCAGCGAAGCGUUACUGCGAUCAAUUCUUCAGUUCCAGGCAAAAACAGCCAAAACAGCCUAUACAAAACAGUAUGCUGGAAGUCCUGAUGCAUUAAAGGGGCCUUUGGGACAGCCCCAGAGCCAGAAGAUAAUGCAACAGGAACAAAUUCCUCCACUGUACAAAAGCGAGACCUCCCAGCUGCAGCCGCGUCCCACAGCUGACCAGCAGCUGCUGUUCCAGAAACACUCACCGCAGCCACAUCUCAUGAAGAUGGAUUCCCUACUGGAGUCCCAAGUGCAGCAACACCCUCCGCAGCAGCUCCAUUUCCAGCAGAGACCAGAACAACAAGCCAAACAGCUUCUAGGGGCCCCGUUGAAACAGCAGCACUUGAAUCCCCAGCCAGGGGAAAACGAGCAAUUCCCGAAUUCACACAUUUUGCACCAGAUGCUUCAGAAACAGACACAGCAGGUGCAACUGCCGUGCAGUCCGCAGCUAACCCCAAACCAGCAACAGGCUCUGCAAAUGAAAAAUAAAGACCUGCCCCAAAACAUUUCCCACUCUCAAAGCAAUGCUGAGCAGCUGCUAGGCAGGACAUCCUUCAAUCACCUUAAAGUAGAUGAAUGUUUUCAAACUGGGAAUAAGUACAUGAAACCAACUGCAUUCCCAGUGCGUAACCCCCAGCCGGGCCUAGAGCAGGUACAGAGCGUGAACAGCAAAGCUCCCCUUUACGCUCAGAAAGCAAGUGCUGGUCUGCAGCAUCCCUGCCCAAACAACGCGCACUUGAUUUCUGAGAAGAAAGAAAACGCCGCCAACGUUGAACGCUUUGGAGCCAGCAAAAUGCAGGACUUGCAGCACGCACAGUAUUUUUCAAAUAACCUGACCGCAAAGCAAGAUGUGAAUCACUGUUUUCAGGAACAAGAGCAACAGACAAAACAAGCCUCAGUUAUACAGCUACCGCCACUCCAGCAAACACAAUGCUACGGUGGUAGCCUGAACCAAGAUCUCCCAAGCCAACAAGCCACGCAGAUUCCUCAGCGGUACUUACCACAGAGCCAGCAAACUGCCCCACACUCCCAAGACCAGAGAGGCUGUCAUUUGCAGUCCCAGACCCCUAAGGAUUUCCAAAAGCAUGCUGCUCUAAGGUGGCAUCUCUUGCAAAAGCAGGAGCAACAAGCAUACCAGCAACCCAAACCCGAGAUUGGUCCCAGUGCAGCGCGCAAGCCUAUAAAAAUUGAGGCUGGCACAAAGUCUAAUGUCUGCAUGCGUCCCUCAGCUGGGCAGCUGGAAAACAAAAUGUGGAAAAAAACAAUUAAACAAGAGAAUCAGCACUUUGGCUGCGAGAACAUGCAACAAAAGAGCAUCAUCGAGACAAUGGAACAGCAGCUGAAACAGAUACAGGUCAAAUCACUGUUUGAUCACAAGACUUUUAUUAUCAAAUCACCUAAACAUGUGAAGGUUGAAACAGCAGGCCCUAUUACCAUCCUAACAAGAAAUACCGGUGCUGCAGAUUUUGACACUCAGACCCCAAUCUUAGAUCAGCAAGCAAAUGUGUCUGCUGAGAAAACCCCGACCAAAAGAACAGCUGGAACUGUUCUCAAUAAUUUUUUAGACUCACCUUCCAAGUUAUUAGAUACUCCUGUAAAAAAUUUAUUGGACACACCUGCCAAAACCCAGUAUGAUUUCCCUUCUUGCAGCUGUGUUGAGCAAAUUAUUGAAAAAGAUGAAGGUCCUUUCUAUACCCAUCUAGGAGCCGGUCCUAAUGUGGCAGCUAUUAGAGAGAUCAUGGAAGAAAGAUUUGGACAGAAGGGUAAAGCUAUAAGGAUUGAGAGGGUUGUCUACACUGGGAAAGAAGGCAAAAGUUCUCAAGGAUGUCCAAUUGCUAAAUGGGUAGUCCGCAGAAGCAGUCAGGAGGAAAAGCUACUCUGCUUGGUGCGUGAACGAGCAGGCCACACGUGUGAGACGGCCGUGAUUGUGAUUCUCAUCCUGGUCUGGGAGGGAAUCCCAACAAGCCUGGCUGACAAGCUCUACUCCGAACUCACCGACACCCUGAGAAAGUACGGCACGCUCACGAACCGGCGCUGCGCCCUGAAUGAAGAACGGACUUGCGCAUGUCAAGGGCUGGACCCUGAAACUUGUGGUGCUUCAUUUUCCUUUGGUUGCUCCUGGAGCAUGUACUACAAUGGUUGUAAGUUUGCCAGAAGCAAGAUUCCAAGAAAGUUUAAGCUGAUGGGGGAUGACCCAAAAGAGGAAGAAAAACUAGAAUCCAAUUUGCAGAACCUGUCAACCCUGAUGGCACCUACCUACAAGAAGCUUGCACCUGAUGCAUAUAACAACCAGAUCGAGUAUGAACACAGAGCACCCGAGUGUCGCCUGGGUUUAAAAGAAGGUCGCCCAUUCUCAGGGGUCACUGCCUGCCUGGAUUUCUGUGCUCAUGCUCACAGAGACUUGCACAACAUGCAGAACGGGAGUACACUGGUUUGCACACUAACUAGAGAAGACAAUCGUGAAAUUGGCCAAACACCAGAAGAUGAGCAGCUCCACGUGCUCCCGUUAUACAAAGUCUCUGACGUGGAUGAGUUUGGAAGCACUGAGGGCCAGGAGGAGAAGAAGAGGAAUGGCAGCAUCCAGGUCCUUACCUCCUUUCGCCGGAAAGUAAGGAUGUUAGCAGAGCCUGUCAAGACGUGUCGGCAAAGGAAGCUAGAAGCAAAGAAAGCAGCUGCAGAAAAGCUUUCCUCCUUGGAGAAUGGGUCUAGCAAAGCUGAAAGAGAGAAGUCUGCUGCAGCACGCAACAAGCAAGGCAGCUCUGAGGCGGCAGGUCAUGCGAAGCAGCUAGCAGAUCUUUUACGUCUUUCAGGACCAGCCACACAACAGCAGCAGCAGCAUCCACAGCGCACUCUCCCAAACAACCUUCAGUCAAAUCCCAUUAACUCUUACUCGGGUUCAGGUUCUGCAAAUCUCUAUGUAAGGUUGCCUAAUCCAGCCAAUGCUUAUCCAAGCUCUUCAUACACUUCAGAUCCUUAUGGAGGGUCCAGUCCCAUGAACCUCUAUACAACCUCAUCACAGCCUACGGGGUCUUAUUUGAAUUCUUCCAGUCCCAUGCACCCUUAUUCAGGAUCAUUGAGUCAAAAUAACCAAUAUCCACCCUACCAAUGCAAUGGAAAUAUACCUAUGGACAACUGCCCCUCUUACUUGGGCUCCUACCCUUCCCAGCAUCAGCACGUGGACUUGUAUAGUUGCCAGAGCCAAGACCAUAUGUCUAAACUAAGUCUACCACCCAUUCAGACAUUAUACCAGCAUAGGUUUGGGAAUAACCAGAGUUUUGGUCCCAAGUACUUGAAUUACGGAAACCAAAAUAUGCAGGUAGACUCCUUCAGUAAUUGCACCAUUAGACCAAAUGUCCACCACGUAGGGUCUUUUUCCUCUUACUCCACCCAUGAGGCUGACGGCCAUUUUAUGGAGGUUGCCUCAAGGUUAAAAUCUAACCUGAGUAAUUCGAGCAUGGAUUAUGCCUCCAUGAGUAAAACCAGUGAACAUCACCACGUGCAACCCCCUCCACAUUUAGCACACAACUACCAUUCUGCUUCAAGUAUGUUUAGUGGUCCUCCUAAUUCACUGCAUCUCCAAAAUAAGGAUAGUGAAAUGAUUUCACAUGCAGUUAAUGGUUUGUCUAACAUGCUUCCAGGUCAAAACCAUGAUAGGACUACUCCCCAGGGUGGUUUAGAUAAAGCUGAUGUGCUGAAUCCAGAAAAAGCAGAGGAUCCCGAUGAAGUCUGGUCAGAUAGUGAGCAGAGCUUUCUGGAUCCAGAAAUUGGAGGAGUGGCAGUUGCUCCAUCUCAUGGGUCAAUUCUUAUAGAGUGUGCAAAACGUGAGCUCCACGCAACGACUCCCUUAAAAAAUCCCAACAGGAACCAUCCCACCAGAAUAUCCCUGGUCUUUUACCAGCACAAGAGUAUGAAUGAGCCAAAACAUGGUCUAGCUUUGUGGGAGGCAAAGAUGGCUGAGAAGGCGAGAGAGAAAGAAGAGGAAUGUGAAAAGUACGGUCCAGACUACGUGCCUCAGAAGUCUUACGGCAAAAAAGCAAAGCGGGAGCCUGUUGAGCCACACGAACCCUCAGAGCCAACAUACGUGCGCUUCAUCAAGUCUCUUGCACAAAGGACACUGUCGGUCACCACAGACUCCACAGUAACUACAUCUCCAUAUGCCUUUACACGGGUUACAGGGCCUUACAACCGAUAUAUCUAACUUCACACCUUUGUUGUUACCUCAUUUGAAAAAACACCUUGUCAGUAGGGUAGUUCUUCUUUAGGUUUUGGGGAAGGCAAGGGUGGAGAAGAAAACAGUGUUUUUACAAAACUCAUCAGUGGAAAAAGCCUCAGCACACCAGCAAAAGAGGUAAAUCUCACUAGAGCACUUAUUUUCCACUGAUUUUUUUUAAGUGGUCACAGAUGGCACGUAGGAAACAAGACCAAAGCAUCCUAUGCAAAAACAAAAACAAAAAAGUGUUUCACAAUUUACAUUUGAAAACACUGGCUCCAUUACUGAAAGAGAGAAUCUGCAAAUGGAUUUUUUUUUUUCUUACAGUUUUGCACAUCUGUGGCCACUUUUAGUGUCAUCAAGUUCGCAUAGUCAUGGAACAGGAGCAAAAAAACCCUAAAAAAAAUAAUACUGUAGUAUUACAACUGCAGGAAUCUUAAAAUAACAUCUGGUGCUGAAUCUAUGAUGUACUGAAAUACUGGAAUUAUGGCUUUUUAACAUGCAGUUUUUACUGUAAUCUUAUUAGUCUUGAUUUUAUUUAACAAAGUAGAUAAGUAUAAAACAUAAUGAAUAGACAGCAAAACACUGAAUUUGUUUGGAUAUUCUAAAACCAUGGUGCUAUCUAAGAGAAUGGUGUCUUUAUUUUAACAGUCGAACAGUUAAUGCCUUUAUAACAAAAUGUCGAUGUAGUCAAAUGUUCUUCAUCAACAGGGAGGACCUUUUCAUUCAUGUGUGUAUUGAAUUUACCUGGUGUUAAAAUAAGCUUACUUUUUAACGUAUGGGAAUUAAAAAGACCUCUGGAUUUUGCUUAUCCAGUCAAGUCCUAGAAAAGGACAAUAAAAUAUAUAGAGAGAUAUUUUUUUUUAAAUAGUGUUUCAAAAGCACUUUGUCUACCUAAGCUUGGCAACUUGAACAAUGCUAAGGUACUAAGACAUUAAAAAAAAAAAA